UGCACAUGGUCAGGAUCAUGAAGAAGAUUGCAGUGGUUUUUGCCCUCCACCUCGCGGCCAUCCUUUUAUCCGUUGCUGUCGCCGGCCACAGUCAGAUUUGUCGGGUGCCAGCGGCGCAGGUGGUGGUGGUGGUGGUGGUGGAAGGCGUCGUCUACUGCCAGAACUGCUCCUUCCGCGGGACGUGGUCGCUGGAAUCGGCGGCCACAGUCGCAGCGGCUCGCGUCGGCGUCACUUGCCUAGGCUGGAAGAAUCAGGUGAUCAUCCGCCGCGCGGCGUCGACGGAUGCUGCCGGGUACUUCUACGCUGCCCUCGACGCUGCCGGAGACUUCUACAAAGGCGACCCCGCGCGGGCCUGCUACGUGCGGCUGCUCGCCUCGCCCAACGCCGCCUGCGACGACCCCACGAAUAUCAACUACGGAUUCACGGGGGCGGCGCUGAAGGACGAGGGGAAGAGGGCGGCGGCCAAGCUGCUUGAUGUCAUGAUCUACUCCGCCGGGCCGCUGGCGUUCCAGCCGGCCAGCUGUGCGUCAAUGCAGUGAUACAAAUGAUCGACUAACUAUUGGACGUGCAUGCCGCAUGCAGUAGGGUUUUGUUUCGCCUUUACACUCUUUCAGGCUACAAGUUGAUACGAUGUUAUGUGAAAAGUUCUUGUAAGAAGGAAAAUCUGAAUAUUUAAGCCUUGUUUAGUGUCCUUGUCAUUAUAUAUAUAGAA